CUGGCUAGCUGGCUGGCUGGGUGGGUGGGUGAGUAGGUGGGUGGGUGCGUAGCUUGGAAAGGGGAUCCAGGCAAGUUGUGGAAUAAAGCCGGGGUGCCCUCCGCUAGCUCCCCCCUCCAACCCCAUACCCCCCCCCCCCGGAUUAUUUUCCGCCCGCAGGCUCGUCCCUACUGUCUGACUGGCUGGCUGGGUAGGUGGGUAGCUAGGAAAGACGAUCCGGGCAAGUUGUGAGAGAAAACCAGGGUGCCCUCCGCUUGCCUCCCCCGCCCCCCGCCCGCGGAGGCUGUAACUUGUAGCGCGGGCGGGCGGGCAGGCGGCAGCGGCUCCAUCCCGGCGGCUCCAUCCCAGCGGGCGCAAUGGGCACGUCCGCUUGCUGGGCGCUGCUGCUGCUGCUGCUGCUGCCACUGAGCUGGGCGCCCGGGGACUGCGGCGCCGCGGGACCCGCCGAACCCGGAAGAAAAGGCAAGUGUGAAGGCUCCCAGUUCCAGUGCACGAAUGGCCGCUGCAUCACACUGCUGUGGAAAUGUGAUGGGGAUGAGGACUGUGCUGAUGGCAGUGAUGAGAAGAACUGUGUGAAGAAGACCUGCGCCGAGUCUGACUUCGUGUGCAACAAUGGCCAGUGUGUGCCCAGCCGGUGGCAGUGUGAUGGGGACCCUGACUGUGAGGAUGGCUCAGAUGAAAGCCCAGAGCAGUGCCAUAUGAGAACAUGCCGCAUUAAUGAGCUGAGCUGUGGCGACCGUUCUACUCAGUGUAUCCCAGUAUCCUGGAGAUGUGAUGGUGAAAAUGAUUGUGACAGUGGAGAGGAUGAAGAAAACUGUGGUAACAUCACCUGCAGCAGCACAGAGUUCACCUGCUCCAGUGGCCGCUGUGUGUCUCGCAAUUUCAUGUGCAAUGGCCAGGAGGAUUGUGAGGAUGGCAGCGAUGAGCGGGACUGCGCCCCACCCACAUGUGGGGCCCACGAGUUCCGGUGCAACUCGGCCUCCUGCAUCCCGCUCAGCUGGGUCUGUGACAGUGAUGCGGACUGCGCCGACCGGUCUGACGAGUCACUACAGCAGUGCGGCCACCAGCCUGCCUCACACGCACGCUGCCCGGCCAGCGAGACCCAGUGUGGCUCCGGCGAGUGCAUCCACAGCAAGUGGCGCUGCGAUGGCGACCCCGACUGCAAGGAUGGCAGCGACGAGGUCAACUGCCCCUCCCGCACCUGCAGGCCCGACCAGUUUGAGUGUGAGGACGGCAGCUGCAUCCAUGGCAGCAGGCAGUGUAAUGGGAUCCGAGACUGUGUGGAUGGAUCAGAUGAGGUCAACUGCAAGAAUGUCAACCAGUGCCUGGGACCUGGGAAAUUCAAGUGCAGAAGUGGGGAGUGUAUUGAGCUCAGCAAGGUGUGUGACCAGGAGCAGGACUGCAGGGACUGGAGCGAUGAGCCCCUGAAAGAAUGCCAUGUCAAUGAAUGCUUGGUGAAUAAUGGCGGGUGCUCCCAUAUCUGCAGAGACCUGAUUAUUGGCUAUGAGUGUGACUGUGCUGCUGGCUUCGAACUGAUUGAUAGGAGGACCUGUGGGGAUAUUGACGAGUGCCAAAACCCAGGGAUCUGUAGUCAAAUUUGCAUCAACCUAAAAGGCGGUUACAAGUGUGAAUGCAGUCGUGGCUAUCAAAUGGACCUUGCCACUGGCGUGUGCAAGGCAGUAGGCAAAGAGCCAAGUCUGAUUUUCACCAAUCGUAGAGACAUCCGGAAGAUUGGCUUAGAGAGAAAAGAGUACAUCCAGCUGGUGGAACAGCUGAGAAACACAGUGGCUCUGGAUGCUGACAUUGCUGCCCAGAGACUGUUCUGGGCUGAUCUCAGCCAGAAGGCCAUCUUCAGUGCCUCAAUUGAUGACAAGGUUGGUAGACAUGUUAAAAUGAUCGACAAUGUCUAUAAUCCUGCAGCCAUUGCUGUUGAUUGGGUGUACAAGACCAUCUACUGGACUGAUGCGGCUUCUAAGACUAUUUCAGUAGCUACCCUAGAUGGAGCCAAGAGGAAGUUCCUGUUUAACUCAGACUUGCGAGAGCCAGCCUCCAUAGCUGUGGACCCACUGUCUGGCUUUGUUUACUGGUCAGACUGGGGUGAACCAGCUAAGAUAGAAAAAGCAGGAAUGAAUGGAUUUGAUAGACGGCCACUGGUGACAGUGGACAUCCAGUGGCCUAACGGAAUCACACUGGAUCUCAUCAAGAGCCGCCUCUACUGGCUUGACUCCAAACUGCACAUGUUGUCCAGCGUGGACUUGAACGGACAAGAUCGCAGAAUCGUCCUCAAAUCUCUUGAGUUCCUAGCUCACCCUCUGGCACUCACCAUAUUUGAGGAUCGAGUCUACUGGAUAGAUGGGGAGAAUGAAGCCAUCUAUGGUGCCAAUAAGUUCACUGGCUCGGAGCUGGCCACACUCGUUAACAACCUCAAUGAUGCCCAAGACAUCAUCAUCUACCAUGAGCUGGUACAGCCAGCAGGCAAGAACUGGUGUGAAGAGGACAUGGAGAAUGGAGGAUGCCAAUACCUGUGCUUGCCAGCACCACAAAUUAACGACCACUCUCCAAAAUACACCUGCUCCUGCCCCAAUGGGUACCGUCUACAGGAGAAUGGCCGUGAGUGCCAAAGUACUGCAACUACUGUGACUUACAGUGAAACAAAAGAUACCACCAACACAACAGAAAUCCCACCAACUAGUGGACUAGUUCCUGGAGGAAUCAAUGUGACCACGGCAGUAUCCGAGGUCAGUGUCCCCCCGAAAGGGACUUCUGCUGCCUGGGCCAUCCUUCCCCUCUUGCUCUUAGCAAUGGCAGCAGUGGGUGGCUACUUGAUGUGGCGGAACUGGCAGCACAAGAACAUGAAAAGCAUGAACUUUGACAAUCCUGUGUACCUGAAGACCACGGAAGAGGACCUGUCAAUAGAUAUUGGCAGACACAGUGCUUCUGUUGGACACACAUACCCAGCAAUCUCAGUGGUAAGCACAGAUGAUGAUCUAGCUUGAUUCUGAGACAAGUCUUGACCUUUGAGGUCUAAACCAGUCAUAACACCCCACUCUGGAAAUAGUAACCAAGCCACCAGCUGAAUUCUCUUUCUUCCUCCCAUCUGGAAGAACAUGAAGACACCUGUGUGUGGAUCAGACUUGUGCAAACCUUUUUUAUUAUUAUUACUUGUAAAUACAACUGCCCACAUUCUACUUCAGCUUUGGAUAUGGUUACCAAGCCUCUGUGUAACCCUUGAACUUCUAGACAGUAUUGCCAACUCUGGCCUAAUAUGCACUUUCCCUAGAAAGCCAUAUUCCAGCGCUGAGAACUUGUGCUAUAAUGUAUACCACCUGUACAUAUACUGUAUAGGCCACCUGUAAAUAUCCCAGAGAACAAUCACUAUUCUUAAGCACUUUGGAAGUAUUUCUAUGUAAAUUAUUGUAAACUUUUUCAGUGGUUGGGACUAUGGCAAUAGGAUAAAACGGGUUACUAAGAUGACAUUGCCAAAAAAAAAAUUUGUAAACUAAUUUUGUACGUAUGAAUGAACUCUUUGGCCUCAGUGGAGGUGUGUAAAGAAUGAGUGUUCAAACUACUGUACAUUUUUUUCAAGUGCUAAAUAAUUAAACCAAGCAGCUUAACCAUG